AUGAUGAUGAUCAAUGGAGCAAGUGGUUCUGGUUCUGGAUCAGAUGAGUCAGCCACCAUUGUUGUUUCUGCCGCAACACCGACUGGAGACAAGGAAAUUCCCUACCGAGAGAUCAAUAACACUAAACCUCCUGAUUUUGAUGUUCUGCGGCUGUGUACUCUUGUUCUUCUCCAACACCUACUGCUCCACUACUUCACUCUCCUUACCACAAGUUUUGUGUUUCUGUUUGUCAUUCAUCAACUGGUUCCGAUCAUUCAUUAUCAAUUUAACUCAACCGGGCUAUGA